CGGGCAGCGGGCUCAGCCCUGCGCCCAAGUGCAGCCAUACUUUAAACGAACAGUAAAAUAUUUUGGGGGGGGCAUAAAACAAGCUUUACACUUAUUUUUGGGGUGCAGCAUCAAACAGCAUGCGAAGUUUGUUUUUUUUUUUUUUAAACAAUGCGGGGAAACCCUCACGGUGUCCUGCCCAGCCGCAGAGGAGGAGAGGCAGGUUUAUUUUUUCCCUUUGCAACUAGUUCCUCCAGCACAUCGAUUCUGGCCCAUUCCAGUGUCUGGAUCUUCUGUGGACUCAGGAAUUCGCCAUGGAGUAUCCCGGGUCAUGAAACUUACUCCACAGCAAGCUCCGUUAUAUGGCGAUUGUGUUGUCACCGUCUUGCUCACUGAAGAGGACAAAGUGGAAGAUGAUGUAGUUUUUUACUUGGUGUUUUCGGGUUCCUCCCUCCAUCACUGCGCAAGCACGCGGAAGGUCAGUUCAGACACGCUGGAGACCAUUGCUCCUGGUCACGAUUGCUGCGAGACGGUGAAGGUGCUGCUCUGCGCGUCCAGGGAGGGCCUGCCUGUGUUCGUCGUGGCCGAAGAGGACUUUAAGUUCAUCCAGGAUGAGGCCUACGAUGCGGCCCAGUUCCUGGCAACCAGCGCUGGGAACCAGCAGGCCCUGAACUUCACCCGAUUCCUUGACCGGUCAGGGCCCCUGACUGGGGAUGUGAAUUCCCUUGAUGAGAAGGUGGCCCUCGCCUUCAGACACCUGAAGCUGCCCGCCGAGUGGAAUGUGUUGGGGACAGACCAGACUCUGCCUGAUGGCGCCCCCCGGGAGACAUUGAUGCAUUUUGCUGUGCGGCUGGGACUGCUGCGGUUGACAUGGUUCCUCCUGCAGAAGCCGGGAGGCCGCGGAGCGCUCAGCAUCCACAACCAGGAGGGAGCGACCCCCGUGAGCCUGGCUUUGGAGCGGGGUUAUCACAAGCUGCACCAGCUGCUAACCCAGGAGAACGCUGGAGAACCAGACUCCUGGAGCAGUUUAUCCUAUGAGAUUCCUUGUGGAGACUGUUCUGUGAGGCACCAUCGAGAGUUGGACAUUUAUACGCUAACCUCUGAGUCCGAAUCACAGCAUGAACCCCCGUUGCCUGGAGACCCUUGUACUGGCCAUAUCUCUAAACUUAUGAACAUCCAGCGGCAGCUAACGAAAACAAGCUUCAAGCAGAUGGACAGUCUUCUGCCCCCAAUGGUGACAGCACAGGAUCCCUCAUGCCUGCCUGGCGGUCCAGCGGCAGACGGCCAGCAUCAGCCCUGCGCAUCAGAGCCCACAGCUGGCCAGCAGCUUUCUCCUGAAGACGCCGAGAGCUCUCCAGGCUGCCCCGGGAGCCCAGCUGGGCAGAUUGGACAAUCCUCUGAUUUGUCAAGUGUGUACAGGGAGGAGGAUACAGACUGUUCCUGUCAGAAGAAAAGUAAAGGCAGGGAAAGUAAAGGGGAAGCAGAGCUGACACCGACUGUGGACCCUGGCGCUGUGCCCGACCCCCACAGUGGAGGAGAGCACACGGGAGGCCUUCCGUCCUGCAGAAUCCGAAACGGAGAUCCUGGGACAAAGUCCUCUGCAGGGGCCGCAGACCAGGCGUCUCCAAACAGGAGUGACAGUGUCCCGCGGGGAGACCUGUCGGGAGAGCCAGGCACUGUGGGGCCGGUCAUCCCUUCCGCCUCAGAGGCCUGGGUCCCCGAGACUGCAGGGGCAGCAGAGCCCGAGCUCGGGAACCCAGAGGAGGCCCCCCUCCAGAGGACCGAGUCGGAGAACACCAGCACAGCCGGUGCCUCUGACGGCCAGGUCUCAGGCAAGCCUGCCAGUGUUCCCAGCUCUGCCUCUGCCACGCUUUCCUUGGGUGGUCACAACCCCGCCAAGCCUUCACUUGUACUGAGUAAUGGAGGAAGCUCCACUGAGAAAGCCGCAGACUCUGAAACUUCAAGAAGUUGUGAUGAGAACAGUGCUGUCCCUGGAGGUCCAGAUGUCCUGGGGAUUUUGCCUGCUGCAGAAACCAAGAUUUCACAUGGGUCUGAAGCCGACUGUCCCUCUGCAAGCGUGUGUGAGGUGACGUCAGCCUCCGAUCUGACCUUCCCCAGGCCAGAAACAGAUGUCAGCCCGUACCAGAAAUCAGAAAUGAAUUCAUCUCACAGUCCAAGCCAAAUGAGCAAGUCACCCAUAGGCUCCACAGCGGGACACGAUAAACUUUCUGUGGCCUCUGCAUGCCCCCAGAACACAGUCAUUUCUAGGGGUGUGCCAGCUGCAAAGCCUUGUGAUGACCCCGUCGCCCCACCUGAAAGUGCUCCCCCAGAGCUGCCCAGCACACAGCAUCUGCCCACCGCCAUCUGCCGUGAAGACCCACAGGCCUGCACAGUCACCCCUGACCAUGCUGGAGCUGCCCAGGUGCCCGUGGAUUGUUGUCCUCUUGGAGUUGUGGAUGAAGAGGGCCGGGGAACAGACACAAAACUGGAAGCAUCUUUAACAAACACACUUAAGGUGGCUCCACAUCCAUACCCUGCUGUACCCGAAAUUGAGAAAGAACUGGUACCAGGCCAGACGAUGACAUCACACAGGACUUUCUCUCCGGCAGGCGGUGCAACAUGUGAAUCAGUAACCAAAGAUGACGUGCUUUCUUUUGUCCCCUCCCAGAAAGAAACGGGAACAGCAACUUCUGAACUACACACAGCUGCAGAUGGUAGCGAUGGCCCUGGCGGAGAGUGCAUUGGUGGAGCUAAGCAGCUGCUAGAUGACCGUGCGGCAGGCCUCUCGUUGUCCACUGCUGCCCUUGAUCUUCAGCCCAGCAUGGGGAAUGCCAGCCCCACAAGGCUUGUGGGGGAGCAUCAGGGUCCCUGCCUCUCGGCAGUUCCUGGGCAUCCGAGUCUCGAGGGGAGUGCUGACUCUUCCCUACUGCUCGUGGGAGAGGCCGCCUCGCUCUCGGAUUCCAUUUUGACUGAGGAGGGAAGAAAUCUGGUGGUUUCAGAAAGCUCUGUGGCUCAGGGACGAGACGACAAGGACAAAGCAGUGACUUCUUCCUCCCUGAAGGAGGUCCUUCUUUCUUCCGGAACUCUGCUGGAAGAGCAGAGAGCACCUUCUGGACCAGAUGCCCCAGGACUCCUUGGAGAACCUGACUCAGCUGCCUGUGCUAAGGACAGAGCACUCCAUGGCAGCUUCCCAGGCGCACCCUCAGCCUGUCUUCACGUAGAAACUCAACAGAACGAGGAAGUGGCCCCACCAGUCUCCAGGCUGCCUGAAGGUGGGGCUGCACCAGUCAGGGUGCCAGCAGGAGCAAGCCUGGCUGUCGACGGCGGCCCGGAGGCCUCGGGGGCUGCCCAGAGCAGCUCCCCUCCACUGCGAGCUCUGUUACCAGAUGGGUCGGAGUCUCUUAACUGCCACCCGUCAUUUGCUCUGGAUGUUGAUGUGAAAAGCACUCAGAACCAGGGGGAGAACUCUGCUUGUGAGAUGAGUGGGAACGUGUGGGAGGUGGCAGUGGCUGAUGCUCCACCAGGUCCCACUGGAGCCAGAAGGAAGGGUAGCUCACACAGCCCCCGAAACCCCCUGACUGCAGAGCGCCUCCUGAGCCCGGAGAAGAGCAUGAACCGGGGUGUGCCAGGAGCACCCCCAGGCAAAGGCGUGACUGACCAGCAGGCCGCUGCAACCCCAGAGAUGGUGCCUCUUGGUGGGGAGACAGGGAAACCAGAGGGAGCUGAGCCCCACUGUCACCUGGGUAGCCCCAAAGAGGCGCAGGUAGAUGGUGGAGCCCAGCACACCCCUCUGCAGCCUGCUGCCAGGCAGUCCCGCACAGGGUCAGGGCUCGCCCAGAGUGCCGCUGACCAGACCCCAUGCUGGGAGAGCGGGGCCCUCCCACCACCUGGCACUGUCUCUGCCACCGCCGUGCCUCUGCCUCAGCGGGCCGACGCCAUCAUGGAGGCCGCCAGUCGCAUCGUGGACGCUGUCAUAGAAAGAGUCAAGGCCUCAGGAGUUCUGAUGGCCAAGGGGGGCAUCCAACAUGGGCCGCAGUCCAGUCCCUGGGAGUUGGGCCCCGCAGCUGGACAGCUGGCCGGUGUCUCUGCAGGCCACGUGAGUGCCUGCCUGCCUGGGGACACCCCACAGGUGGGCAACAUCCAGGAGGAAGCCCCUGGUGCCCUUGAAGGAUGUGAUGCUGGAAGGAAGGAGCCAGAGCAGCUUACUCCACCUGUUCCAGGACCUGGGCCGGCAGCAGAAAUGCCAGAUACGAAAGCUGAAGACGAAGUGGACUUUCGUGGUAACUCCAGGGAGAGCCCUGCUUCUGAGGAGGUGGCUGCGGGCAGCAGCGUCGCUCCUGCACCAGAGGCGAAUCCAGGCCCGGAGACCCAGGCGAUAAAUCGAGAAAGCUGGUGUACAAUAGAGCCGUGCCCUGAUGCUGCAGCUCUUGUGGCUCCUACGAAGAGCCCAGAGUGCGAGAACUUUCUGGAUGUUGGUCUGGGCAGAGAGUGUGCCUCAAAGCAAGGUGUACUGAAAAGAGAAUCCGGGAGUGAUUCUGAUCUCUUCCACUCAGCCAGUGAAGACGUGGACAGCAUCCUGUUCUCCAAGCCCGAAGAAGAGCAGCUGGUCUGCGACACCACUGGGUCCAGUUCUUCCACCGAUGACACGGCCUCCCUGGAUCGCCACUCGUCCCAUGGCAGUGAUGUCUCCCUCCCCCAGACCUCAAGUGUGAACAGAUCCAGGCUUCAGCAAAGCCUCGAUGGCUUCUACAGCCAGGGGGUGGGAACUGAGGGUCGCGAGAGCGAGAGCGAACCUGCUGGCUCAGGAGACAUGGAGGAGGAGAUGGACAGCAUCACUGAGGUGCCCGCAAACUGCUCCGUCCUGAGGAGCUCCAUGCGCUCUCUGUCCCCUUUCCGGAGGCACAGCUGGGGUCCCGGGAAGAAUGCAGCCAGCGACGCAGAGAUGAACCAGCGCAGUUCAAUGCGCGUUCUGGGGGAUGUUGUCAGGAGGCCUCCCAUUCAUAGGAGAAGUAUGAGCUGGUGUACCUCUGGUGUGCAAUACUCUGCUGCCCUGAGUGCUGACUUUAAUUACAGAAGUUUCAGUCUAGAAGGCUUGGCAGGAGGACCUGGCGUCGGGAACAAACCAUCCUCAUCCCUAGAAAUAAACUCUCCAAAUGUCAAGGAACUCAGGCACCCUUUCAGUGGGGAGGACCGGGUUGGCUCUUUGGUGUCCCUCUCAGAAGAGGACCUGGAAUCAGACCAGAGAGAACCUAGGAGGAUGUUUGAUCCGCAGACGCGUCACAGAUCUAAACAGUCAUUUAAUUACUGUACGUCCGCCAUCUCUUCUCCAUUGACAAAAUCCAUCUCAUUAAUGACAAUCAGCCAUCCCGGCUUGGACCAUUCACGGCCUUUCCACAGCACCAGUGCUAAUCUGACUGAGAGUAUAACAGAAGAGAACUACAGUUUCCUGCCACAAAGCCCUUCCAAGAAAGAUUUUGAAGGGAAGAGCGGAACAAAGGUCAGCCGGACGUUCAGCUACAUCAAGAAUAAAAUGUCCAGCAGUAAGAAGAGCAGAGAAAAGGAAAAAGAAAAAGAUAAAAUCAAAGAGAAGGAGAAAGAUUCUAAAGAGAAGGAGAAGGACAAGAAGACUCUGAAUGGGCACGCUUUCAGCUCCGUCCCCACGGUGGGUCCGGUCAGCUGCAGCCAGUGCAUGAAGCCUUUUACCAACAAAGAUGCCUACGCCUGUGCGAGUUGCAGUGCUUUUGUCCACAAAGGCUGUCGGGAAAAUCUGGCCUCCUGUGCAAAGGUCAAAAUGAAGCAGCCCAAAGGGAGCCUCCAGGCGCAGGACACGUCAUCGCUGCCCACGGUCAUUAUGAGAAACAAGACCUCCCAGCCCAAGGAGCGCCCCCGCUCCGCGGUCCUCCUGCCCGACGAGACCACUGCCACCACGCUGUUUGCCAGUAGACGGUCUCAGCAAAGUGUCUCCCUCUCCAAAAGUGUCUCCAUUCAGAACAUCGCUGGAGUUGGCACUGAUGAGAACAUGUCAAACACCUGGAAAUUCCUGUCUCAUUCAACAGACUCACUAAAUAAAAUCAGCAAGGUCAAUGAGUCAACAGAAUCGCUCACUGAUGAGGGAGUAGGUACAGACAUGAAUGAAGGACAGCUAAUGGGAGACUUUGAGAUGGAAUCGAAGCAGCUAGAAGCAGAGUCCUGGAGCCGAAUCGUGGACAGCAAGUUCCUGAAACAGCAGAAGAAGGAGGUGGUCAAACGACAAGAGGUGCUCUAUGAGCUGAUGCAGACGGAGCUGCACCACAUCCGCACGCUGAAGAUCAUGAGCGACGUGUACAGCCGGGGCAUGAUGACCGACCUGCUCUUUGAGCAGCAGACGGUGGAGAAGCUGUUCCCCUGCCUGGAGGAGCUGAUCAGCAUCCACAGCCAGUUCUUCCAGAGGAUCCUGGAGCGGAAGAAGGAAUCGCUGGUGGAUAAAAGUGAGAAGAACUUCCUCAUCAAGAGGAUGGGGGAUGUGCUUGUCAACCAGUUUUCAGGGGAGAACGCAGAGCGCCUGAAGACGACGUACGGCAAGUUCUGUGGACAGCACAACCAGUCCGUGAACUACUUCAAAGACCUUUACAACAAGGAUAAGCGCUUCCAGGCCUUUGUGAAGAAGAAGAUGAGCAGCUCAGUCGUCAGGAGGCUUGGAAUCCCCGAGUGUAUUUUGCUUGUAACCCAAAGGAUCACCAAGUACCCAGUUCUGUUCCAAAGAAUACUGCAGUGCACCAAAGACAAUGAGGCAGAGGAGGAAGAUCUGGCUCAGUCGCUGAGCCUGGUGAAGGAUGUGAUUGGGGCUGUGGACAGCAAAGUGGCGAGUUACGAGAAGAAAGUGCGUCUCAAUGAGAUUUAUACGAAGACAGACAGCAAGUCGAUCAUGAGGAUGAAGAGCGGCCAGAUGUUUGCGAAGGAGGAUUUGAAACGGAAGAAGCUGGUGCGGGACGGGAGUGUGUUUCUGAAGAAUGCGGCGGGAAGGUUGAAAGAGGUGCAAGCAGUUCUGCUCACUGACAUCUUAGUUUUCCUUCAAGAGAAAGACCAGAAAUACGUCUUUGCAUCGCUGGACCAGAAGUCAACGGUGAUCUCGUUAAAGAAGCUGAUCGUCAGAGAAGUGGCCCACGAGGAGAAGGGCUUGUUCCUGAUCAGCAUGGGCGUCAAGGACCCCGAGAUGGUGGAGGUGCACGCCGGCUCCAAGGAGGAGCGCAACAGCUGGAUCCAGAUCAUCCAGGACACCAUCAACACCCUGAACAGAGAUGAAGACGAAGGAAUUCCUAGUGAGAACGAGGAAGAGAAGAAGAUGUUGGACACCAAAGCCCGGGAGCUGAAAGAGCAACUCCAGCAGAAGGACCAGCAGAUCCUGCUCCUGUUGGAGGAGAAAGAAAUGAUUUUCCGGGACAUGACGGAGUGCACCACCCCCUUGCCGGAGGACUGCUCCCCGGUCCACAGCCCUCGAGUGCUCUUCCGCUCCAACACCGAGGAGGCUCUCAAAGGAGGACCCUUGAUGAAAAGCGCCAUAAAUGAGGUGGAGAUCCUGCAGGGCUUGGUGAGUGGAAGCCUGGGAGGCAGCCUGGGGCCAGUGGUCAGCAGCCCCGGCGAGCAGGAAGGCACGGUCGGCCCCGUCUCUUUGCCUCGAAGAGCAGAGACCUUCGGGGGAUUUGACAGCCAUCAGAUGAGUGCUUCAAAAGGAAGUGAGAAGGAGGAUGCGGAUGACGGCCAAGAUCUCAGGAGGACAGAGUCGGACAGUGGUCUGAAAAAGGGUGGAAAUGCAAACCUGGUGUUCAUGCCUAAGAGGAGCAGUGAGGUGAUCCAGCGCGUUGUCCAUCUGCACGAACUGCUCAGCUCUUUGCAGGGCGUGGUGCUGCAGCAGGACAGCUACAUCGAGGACCAGAAGCUGCUGCUGGCAGAGCGGGCAGUGGCGCGGAGCUCAGCACGGCCCAGCUCACUGAUUGAGCAGGAGAAGCAGCGCAGCCUGGAGAAGCAGCGCCAGGAUCUGGCCAACCUGCAGCGGCAGCGGGCGCAGCACCUGGACGAGCAGCGGCGGCGUGAGCGCGACUGGGAUACCCGCGAGCGGGCACUGCAGGAGCGCGAAGUGCGGCUGGCUCAGCGCGAGGCUGAGGCACGCCGGGGCCUCCAGGAUCUGGAGCGGGAGCGUGAGGAGCUGCAGCAGCGCAAGGCCGCCUACCAAGGCGAGCUGGAGCGCCUGCGCACUGCCCAGAAACAGCUGGAGCGCGAGAAGGAGCAGCUGCAACAGGACACUGAGCGGCUCAGCCAGGCUGCGCACCCGCACACCAAGCUGCUGCGGAUCCCGUCCUUCCUCCCCAGCCCCGAGGAGAGCCCCUCCCCUGCCCCCGCCGUCGCCAAGUCGGCGUCACUGGACUCGGAACUCUCAGCGUCCCCAAAAAGGAACAGCCUCACUCGGACACACAAAGACAAGGGGCCUUUUCACAUACUGAGCUCGACCAGCCAGGCCAGCAAAGCGCCAGAGGGCCAGAGCCAGGCCCCGGCCUCCGCCUCCACCCGCCUCUUCGGGUUAGCCAAGCCCAAGGAGAAGAAGGAGAAGAAGAAGAAGAGCAAGGGCGGCCGCGCGCAGGCUGGCGACGGCCCCGCGUCAGAAGGACCAGCAGAGGGAGAGGAGAUCUUCUGCUGACGCGCCCGUGAGGCAGUCCUGCCCGCCUCUGCUGCCUGUGCAAUCUCUCCCACCGGGCGCCCGGACCAGAGGAACAGUCUCCGGGUGGGGAGGCCGCGGGGCUCAGCCCCUGCCGCGCUCCGGGUGGGGCCUGCCCUCCUGAGGACGUCCCGCUGCACGUAGUGGCCCGAGGAGUCCCCGGCCGUGGCUGGGGGUGUGUUCGGAAUUCCUCCGGGCUGAAGGCGCGUCUUCCCGUACGGUCUGAAACUGCCUUUUCCUCAUGGGAACGACCAGAGUCGGAGAGCAGAGGGCCUGGCCUGCUCAGCACUGCCCGGAGGCUCAGCCCGAGUCCUCCCUGGCUGGCCCCCGUCAGCGACCCCUCCCUUCUGCACACGCCUCUCUCCUUUAGAAAGGGCGCCGGACGAUUGGAGGCCCUGCAGGGGCCUGGCGCCCGCCCGUCCGGCGUGUUUCAGGCACCGUCUGUCAUUCCAGCAGGACGUCCCCGGUUGUGGUCAUCACUGGCCCUUCUGAAGUGGCCGCGGCUGCUCGCGCCCUCUUGGGGCCGCCCUCCCCGCCUGUCCCUGCUGGAGAUGGCGUGUAGGCAGGCAGGGGCAAAGACCGAGCCCUGCGGUCUCCAGCGGCCCGCACCACAGCGGGCCAGGGAGUGCGCGCACCCUGGGUCGGGGCCUUGGCAAACGUGGUUUUUUAAAAAAAAUGUUCAAAGGUCUGUCGUGACUUGUCCUCCGCCCCGCACACGCGUCCCUGCGGCCUUGUCUUUCCCCGCCCGUUGGAGACAGGUGGUCUCUCGGGGCCUGGCACAGGCUGGCCUGUGCGGGGCGGGCGGCCCCAGCCCACACCCCCCGGCCCGUUGUUACCCUGGAAAAUUCUGCUCUUCAGCCGUGGCCUUUGGAACCCUCACAAGCCUGGGUCUUUGAACAUAUUUUUUACAAAACAUACUAAAAAGCUCCAACUUGGUGCUUGUGAGGAACUGCGAGCUGGCCUUGCAGGUAGAGAGAUUUAUGUUCAGUUGUAUUUGAAAGUCCUCUGUUGAAAAUUGUGAGCUUAAUUGUGUUUUAUUUAUUGUAUUGUGUGUGUGAGAGAGAGAGAGAGAGUGUGUGUGUGUUUUCUCAAGGCUGACUUACUGGCCCAACGGUUUUACCUGCCUGCUUGGUGCCUGGAGGGCCCUGAGGACGCAGUUUCCCUCAGGGGACAGCUUCUUCCUUGCCGCACAUUUCUCGCCCUACAAAAGCGGGCUUUUGAGAAAAACCAAGACAUGUAGCCC